GAACCACCAAAUGAUUAUUGUAAUAGGAUUGAAAGAGCGAUCAGCUAUACUGAUACAAUGAUAGCUGAUGCCAAUCAAGCAAAUAAUAAUACUUUUAUAGACGCCCAUAAAGCAGAUAUUUAUAAAUCAAAAAUGGCAGGAAAAGUAUGGCUCGGAGAUACCUAUUUACAAAGAACAGUUGGUACUCGCCAGUCUGCUAUUCAAAGACUAUCUCAAGAAACAUUUAAGACUGAUGAUAAUCCAGAAAUAUAUGAAGCUAGAAUUCGUCAAUAUCUAUUAGGUGUGCCUGAUGACAAUGCUAAUGCUUUGGGAUUUUUCAUGGCUCAUUUAUCUGCUGAGCUUUUUAUUCGAAUGGAAGGAGCAAAUCCUGCUGAUAUCACAGCUUUCUUUACUUCACUUAAAGAAUUAUGGCUGAAGCGUCAACCAUCACUUGGCUAUAGAGACUUAAUCACCAAUCAAAUUCUUCAAACCCCAGUCGUUAAUAUACAAAAUAAAUCGCAUUCUAAUAGUAGUGAUAUAACUCGAGCUGAAAUAGAUAAUAUGAUAAAAUCACAAUUAGCUUUAGUACCAACCACUUCUCUUCAGCCUACACAAGUACUAGAUAAAUAUAUGCCAGAAAGACCUCCAGAUGGGUAUGGCGUAAAUUCUGAAAGGUUUAUUCAUGCUAAUCUCAUAAAUCCAACUCCUUCGACUAGUCAAAUUAUGGAAUCUCUAGCCAAUGAUCUUUAUAAAAAAUUGUCUAAUAUGUUUUCAGUGAAACCAGUGCAGUCGAAGAAUAAAGAUACUAGUACUGAUGAUAUAGAUGAAAUUACUAAAGAAUUUAUAGCAUCAGGUACUCUACCGGGUGAUGUUUUAAUAUCUUUGAUUGCCUCAACCGAUAAAAAUCUCGCAUUAGCACUAUAA